AUGUCUGAUAAUUUGUCGCAUCAAUUUACCUUCGGGGCCGUUGCACCCAUGGACUCUCGGUUGUCGGAACACAUCAUUAAGCAAUACCUUAUUUCUCGCAACUUUACCGGGACACUUGAUGCUUUUGAUGCGGAGUGUAAUCGUGAGAAAGUCAGACAUCGCGUAAGUGACCUGUCCCAUUCCAGAAUCUUGUUUCAACCAUCAUCGAUCACUGUGAGCUUGCGGGACGCCAUCAAUGAGUCGAACCUUGGCCGUUUAACUGAGAUAUGGAGUUCUUUGCAUAAGACCUUCUUCUACCGAUUAGAUGCGGACAGACAGCAAAUGGCACAUUCUUUCAAAGUCCAUGUAUUCAAGACCUACGUUGUUCACGCAUUCUCACAAAGGCGCACUUCCAAAGUUACGGAAUUUUUCAACGGGUUAUCCUCAGAGUUUUGUCCCAAUUUGCCCGAAUGGAAAAAUUGGUAUGCCUUGCCGCACACACCUGAUGCAUCAGAACAACCAGAAUAUGCAAUGUACUUCACAAAGACCUGGAUGGAUAUCCUUAGUUUAUCACUUACAAAUUUUCUAUGCGCUCUGUUUUCUCUGGAGUUAUGUAGCACAAACGUCCUGACCCGGCUAAAUGAAUUGGAAACGCAAGUUUCGAAUUCCACCGAUCGGACCGACAAGCCUCCAGGUUUGCCAACCACUUCCACGACCUCACCACCGUUCGGGAAACUACUGGAUGAUUUCAACGAACUCGGUUCCCUGCGGCCCACAGCAGUGACACGACCGCGAGAUAGUCAAAUGUGAAAAAUGUAUUUUACCGUUAGGUAGCUGGUUAUUUAGUGUGGAUAACUGUAGGCACCUUGAUAUUUCGAUUACAUAAACUUUUCAGUGCCUUCAUUCAUUUGAACGCAAACGACGAAACGACCAACGUUUGUGAUUGUACAGCUGAUGACUUCAUUUAUGUCCAUUUUAUCAAUAACUUCGUUGCCAUGCGGUCGGAUUUCUGAAUAUAAG